AUGUCUACGUUUACAUUUUCAUGGCCUGCUGGUCCUCAAGAAGUUAUCCUUACCGGUACCUUUGAUAACUGGUCAAAGACCCUCUUCUUAGUCAAGCAAGCAGACGGUUCUUUUGAAUUGACCGUUCCAUUACCAUCCUCAGACGAACCUCUCCUCUACAAGUACGUUGUAGACGGCGAAUGGGUUGUUUCUCAAAGCCAGAAAAUCUCCAAGGACGAAUCUGGUAACGAAAACAAUGUCAUUGACAAAGAUGACUUGGUUUCAGCAAGUACCAAGGGUAGUGUCAUCCCAGAAUCUGGUUUACCAAUUGCUGCAGUAGCUGGUGCUACCGCUGUCGGAGGAUCUGACCUUAAGACCACUGUCUUACCAAAGGAAGAGCCAUCCCACCCAACUAUCGCUGGUGAACCAGGUAUUGUUAUUCCUAAAGACCCAGAAGCCUUGGAAGCUUUCAAGACCGUAAGCGAUGUUGACCCAAAGACUUUGAACGGUGAAACUGAGCCAGAACUUUCUGCUGAAGAAAAGAAGAAGCAAAAGAAGAAGGUAAAGAAGAGCAAGUACAAGGCUAAGAAGAAGAGUGCCAAGACUGGUACCGAAGGAACUAGUACUGAAGAACAAACUCCAGAACCUGAAGCUCCUGUUGCUGCUGCUGAAAUUGCUGCCGUUCCUGCUGCUGUUGCUGCUACUGAAACUCCUGCAGCUCCAGCAUCUGAUGAUGCUACCGUUGCUGCCAAGACUGCUGUAGAAAAUGCUAAGGUUGAAGAACCGGUUCCUGAACCAGUCGUCGAAGAACCGGUCGCUGUUGCUGCUGAACCAGCCAGUGAUGCUGGUGUUCACACUUUAGAUCCAAAGGCUCACCAAGCUGACACUAGUGCUGAAAACAUUCCAGAACCAACUAUCGAAGAACACCCAGCUCCAAGUAUUGAGAAGACUUCAGCUCCUGUUUUACCAGAGUCUGUACUUCCACUUACUGAGGAGAAGGAAGUUGAUGCUUCCCCAGUUACCAAGACCGAAGAAGUCGAAGAAACACCAGUUGCAGCACCAGUUGCUGAACCAGCUGUCGCUGAAGGAAAGAAGGAAAUUGUUGAUGAUGAAGAAAUUGUUGUUACUCAAGGUGGUGAUAUUAACAACUUGAAGGAGGCUCUUGCUGCCACUGAAGGUGACGUCACCAUCGAAGAAAUCAAGCCUACUGAAUCCGAAGCUGAAAGAUUAACCAAGGAAGCCAACAUUCCAAAGGAAACAGCUGCUAAGCCAGAAAAGGUGGCUGCUCCAGCUCCAGCUAAGAAAGAAGUAGCAAAGAAGACAGAAAAGAAGGAAAAGAAGGGAUUCUUAUCGAAGUUAAAGAAGAUCUUCAAGUAA